AUGCUUUCUGACUCUUCCUCACCCUCGUCUCCCUCACCAGGGGCAGCCGAUUCGUCCCCGCUGUCGUCCCCAAGCAUCGGACCCGUCUCGACACCCCCCGAGUCUCCAGGGCUCGCACACCCGUACGCAGGGUCUACCAAGGGCGUGAAGCAUCCUCCGAGGUAUGAGAAGCGCUACGAUACAUUGGGGUGGGGCCGGACAAAGUCUACGGCAAGCCGUGUCGGUGCACACGACCAUUCCGAUGGGGAGGGCUGCGACAUCUUCAGAGACGACCAGUCGCCUAGUCAUGCGUCUGGGAGCACAUGCUCCCCUAUCGUCCAUCCGUUUGCGGCGUCUGCGAAGGGUGGUUGGAAGGCGGCCCGUGCCGAGAAGUCAUACUCGCGCACGCCGUCCAGGAGCAACAUCCCGUCAACAUCGACGUUAGGGAGCUCAGACAGCGGAAAGCUCCAUCGGCAGUCCACGGGAUCGCUGACUGAUGUUGAAACAACGUCAGUGGACGCAGUACCAGUGAACAUUACCCAUGCUGCUCCUGCCGGAUCCGUCGCUCAUAGCUUCGAGCUGAGUUUAUGGGACAAUGCGAUCACACAGGCAAUUGACAGAGCAGAUGGUAACUUCGAAAUUGGGAAUUAUGGACUUCUCGCCACACAACUUACAUAUAUUCCGCCUUCUAUUGCGGACCUUGCCAGCCUCGUAGUUCUCACUCGGAAUGACCAGCAGAACGGGACGCCCCCACCCUACAAUCGCGAUCGUCCUUUCAUCCGCUCUACGACCGCGCCUGCUUUCUCUGAACAUUCUAGGCCUUUUCUCGAUCGUGCUGCAUCGUCGCAGCAAGGCCAGUCGCUCGUUAAGGCUGCUUCGUCUGCCGGGCUGGCGUCCCCGCCACCAGCCGGACUGGGGGCGUUACAUCUACGGCUUGGUGGUCAUCUGUUCAAGACACUUCCGGCCGAGCUAUUCCAACUCACGAGGACGGCCAGCCUAAUACUGCGCCAAAACAGAUUGUCAGUCAUACCUCCGCAAAUCGUGCAGUUGGCAAAUCUUCGGAUUCUACACCUGGGUUCUAACAGACUGCGCUGGCUUCCAGCAGAGAUGCUCGACAUGCAUCUAAUGGAGCUAUCGCUGAGCCCCAAUCCAUGGCUGAAGCCUAAUGACUUCCAGGAAGUGUCCCCUGAUGCGACGACAGAGCAUGUCAAGCAGGGCACCGCCGGCAGAAAGGUUUCGCGCACGGACGUGCGGUUCACGGUACCCUCACUGACUGAGCUCUGCUAUCGCGUUCUCCUCGCGCCUGCCGCACCGGCGUACUCCAACGCGCGUCCCCAGACUGUUCUCGAGGCCUACUACUCGCUCCCGCUCUCAGGCACGGGUGCGUACCCGACGUCGGUCAUGGAGGUUCUACGCGCGUGUCUCCCAGCUGCCGUCGCGAAACCGGCUCAGGCGACGACGUCUCCCGCAAAAAAGGCGCGCAGAGACGGGACGGGCUCCGUGCAUAGGCCGGAGCACCCUGCGGUGUCUGGCUUGCAGGACAGCACCAUUGACGAUGAGGAUACGCCGCCCAGCAUUGGCGUAUGCCCGUCCCCUCUGCAUCGUACAGCGCAAGGGGAGUGGGUGGGCGGACGGGUGCCUGUCUUUGUGCAGCACGCGGAGGAGCGCUUCACGUGGGAACGUGUUGUCGCGGGCGUGGACAUUGGCUCGGCGGACGGCGUGGACGGCGUGCCCGUGAGGUGGAGGGGAUGUGGACGAGGGUGUCUCGACUUCCUGGACGAGGCCGCCGAGGGUGUGGAGGAGGGUAGCAAUGAAGACGUCGAGAUGAGUGUCGACGAGGUGCAGGAAAACGCAAGUGGGUCAACCGGUGUGCGAGCCGUCGUCAUCGGUGAAGGGGUGGCCGAUAUGGAAGACUUUUACUGA